CUAAACAGACCAAAGCAACUGAAUGCUCUAAACUCCAACAUGGUAUUGAAUUUUUCCCUUGUUAUUUCUUCCUCCCAUCGUACGUGCACUAGUUUACAUAUUUGGCUUGAAUCAAUCUUCUCUAGAUCACUCGGUUGAUGCAAAUGUUCCUUGAAUAUGAGGAAGACCCUAAUGUGAAAAUCGUCAUCCUAAAGGUAAUCUGUAUCCUUAUCUUUUCCGGUUUGCACACACUAAAUAUCUUUCCCACAGGGUCAGGGAAGAGCCUUUUGUGUUGGUGGCGAUCCUCUACCUGUUUUUCGUGACAUCGUCAUACAAGGCAAGUCAUGGAGAGUCGGUGCGGAUUUCUUCUCAGAACAAUACAAGCUCGACCAUAUCAUGGCCACGUAUAGCAAAGUUCAGAUUUCAAUUUUAAAUGGUAUUGUCAUGGGAGGCGGAGCUGGUAUCUCCGUCCAUGGUCGGUUCCGUAUUGCAACUGAGAAAACGGUUUUUGCCAUGCCUGAGACAGAACUGGGGCUCUUUCCAGAUGUAGGCGCCUCAUACUUCUUGUCAAGGCUCCCUGGAUUUUUUGGAGAGUAUGUUGGCCUCACUGGAGCUAGGUUAGAUGGGGCCGAAAUGCUUGCUUGUGGUCUUGCAACUCAUUUUGUGCCUUCAUCGAGGUUGACUGCAUUAGAAGCAGAUCUUUGCAAAGUUGGUUCAAGUGAUCCAGUUACCUUUGCCUCAGCAAUUCUCAAUGCAUACACUAAGCAUCCGAAAUUGAAACAGCAUAGUGCUUACUACAGGCAAGUGUAUAACAUUUUUUUUCAUCUACUCCUUUUACUUGUAUUUGAGUUCGAUGGAUAUCUUUUGUCAUGUCAACAUAGCAAGCAUUCCUAAAACAAUAUUUUCUACGAUUUGGUCAUGAUUGUAUUUUCAAGUAAUAUUUGAACCUUGUACCGGUUUGAGCUUUCAAUAGUUCUUUACGCAGGUUAGAUGUUAUUGAUAGGUGCUUCUCGAGAAGAACAAUGGAAGAGAUUAUAUCUGCACUUGUAAGUUUUUUUCAUUUAUGUAAUGGAAAAGUUGGCUUGCAUGCAUUCCUGAGUUGACUGAGUUACAUUUGUACAAUACUAUCUACCAUCAUAUGUGUUCGUUAGGAGAAAGAGGCCAUUGAAAAGCCAAAUGAAUGGAUCUCAGCUACCAUUCGAGCUUUGAAGAAGGCAUCACCAGCAAGCCUUAAAAUCUCUCUAAGAUCGGUUAGCUUCUCAAAUGUGUCAUGCACGUGUAGUAAUGGGAUAGAACUUGACUCUGUGUAUGAAAUUUCAGAUAAGAGAAGGGCGGUUUCAGGGGGUGGAACAGUGUCUUAUCCGUGAGUAUAGAAUGGUGUGUCAUGUGUUGAAAAGAGAAAUAAGCAAAGAUUUUGUGGAGGGUUGUAGAGCCGUGGUGAUAGACAAAGAUAGGAACCCAAAGUGGGAGCCACGGAGUCUGGAAGAAAUGAAGGAUAACAUGGUGGAGAGGUACUUCGAGAGAGUGGAUGAAGAGGAUGGAUGGGAGGAUCUAAAGCUUUCACCAAGGAAAAACUUGCCUGCUUUAAUAAUCGCAAAGCUGUGAACUAGAGAAGGUGGUGAAGCUGAUGUGUGAUCGUUCGUUGGUUGGAGCUCAAAUUUCAUUGGUUGUCACGCGACCGUUUCCUGAUGUUUUUUUUUUUGGUGUAAAACUUCUUUUUAAGAUGUGUAAAACUUGUGAUAAA